CUUAGAGUGAACAGGUCUAGAGCUUACGGGCCGGGCCAGACAAUAAACAGUACCUAAACCGAAGCAGUAUCGGACCCGGAAACACUGGGUUGAUGGCCGAUUCAAUCCAGGAGUUCACUGAUUCAAGGCAACGCAUUAUGAAUUCCUCCAGGUUUAUGUCGAUUGAUUCAUGCCCGAUGUGUAGGAAGCGGAUCAGAAUUGAUUCCAAGCGACAACCCAACGAGUUUUGUGCUAAGAAGAGAUACAUUGGGUAUAAUAAAGAUGAUCGGAUAAGUGAAUUGCCUGACGACAUUGUUGUACAUAUCCUAUCUUUCCUGACGGUGGAGGAAGCUGCACGCACAAGUGUUCUUUCGUCUCGUUGGAUCAACUUGUGGGAAUACACCACUCGUCUCAAACUAGACGGAGAUGAAGGAUUAGCCAAGCUUCGUAGACAGUACAUGUUUCGUCGCAAAUUAAUUGAGAGUGAGGAACGCAAGUACGUGAGGCGGGUGAACCGUGUCCUCCAAUCACACAAAGCCCUCACCUUAAAAGAAUUCAGAAUCCGUUUCGCUUUACAAAUAACAGACCACGCGUCAAUCACUCGGUGGCUUCAAUUUGCGUUUUCCAGACAAGUUGAGAGGUUGGAGUUUGACCUUCAAGAUGACGAUAAUUAUCAUUUCCCCGAAAAGCUCGUUUCUACUUCGGUCAACUUUAAGUCCCUCAGAGCAUUGAUCUUUACGAAUGUUCACGUGAGUAAGGGACCUAUUGAGUUCUUUUUACGUAACUGUCCUUUACUCGAGAAAUUGAUUGUCUGUUACUCCGCCAAUUUGUCGAAUCUUCAAGUUUGUGGUUCGUCCCUCGCGUUAAAACACUUGGAGAUAGUCUAUUGCUAUCAUUUGAAUCCGCUUACAGUUUCUGCUCCGAGUCUUACUUAUUUAAAGGCUGCGACAUAUGAUCGAUUAGUGCUUGAGAAUAUGCCGAGGCUAGUUGAGGUAGAUGUUAAUCGUACAGAUGAUGAUGUUUCCUUGAGAGGUUUAUGUUCUGCAUUGUCUUGCUUUUCACAACUGGAGACUCUUCGUUUGACUCUGCUGCGUAAAGAAAAGGAACAUAAUGAGCUACACAAGCUUCCUCAACUGCAUAAACUAAAGACGUUGGUCGUAACAUAUUUGUUAGAUGGUUCUGAAACUCUUACUCGACUGGCUGAUUUGAUAAGGGCAUCCCCUUGCUUACAGGAACUUGUUGUAGAGUGUGAGUGGAAGCGUUUUCGGAGGAAAGAUAGUGAAUUGAAGGAUGCUGCUAUAAAUCCGCACCACCACCUUAAAGUCGUCAAGUUUUCUGGAUAUCGUUGUCAGACGAGCGAUCUUGAAUUCAUCCAGUACAUUUUGCUGAAUUGUCUUGUGCUCGACAAAUUGAUAAUCAAACCCUUUGCUUCUAAGAAUGAUACGAUAGAGAUGGAACAAACUGCAAGAAAAAACACAAAGCAUCAGCUUGAAUCACGAGUGCCUCCGCACAUUGAACUGAUUAUUCUCUAAGUUAUUAGGUUAAUAGUGUGAUUUGUUCUCGUUUUCUUUUUUCUUUUUCUUUUUUUGGAUUUUAAUUAGAUAAUAUAUUGUAUUUUAUUAUUGAAUUUUUUUUGAUAAAUAUUUUUUUUUAUUAUUGAAUUUAACUUAAACUAAUAAGUUAU